AUGAUUAGCAAAUAUAGAUACUUGCACUGUGCUCGUAAGCUAGUCAAGUAGAGCGUUUAAGCUUUUGGCGGAGGACAUCAUCACCAUGAAUAUGAUUGGAGAGAUGAUCCAAAAGUUAAUAAGGAUAUUGAAGAAGAUAUUAGAGAUAGAGGCUGGCAUCCAGAAACCUACGACUUCCCUUAUACCAAAAAGCAUGAUGAUUGGGUUUUUGAUGUUACUAUGCCCUCUUAAAAUUAUUAAACUGAUUUAACAGUUAAUAUUCACCCUGAAAAUAAAAAGAUGCAUGUCAUGAAAUAAGUCAUGAGACAAUCUUAUUGGGAUGCUGAACACGAUAUGGCUCACGAAUACGACUAUGAAUCUGAAGAUCUUGACUUCUAAUGCGAAUCCUUCAAAUCUUAGCAUUUCAGAAAGAAAGGUCCUAUUUCCUAAUAUUUGAUUCUUGGUCUCCUCCCCAUACUUUACUUUGGUACUGAAUUCUUCUAUAAUCACUAUCCUGAUGAAGAUUACUGGAGAGUUGCUCAUCCUCCACCUCUUGACUAUCCUGAUACUGAUGAUACCGAUGAUACUGAAACUUUCAAGGAUUACAAGAGUUUCACUGGUAGAAGAAUGGUCGAUACUGGUAUUGUUGAUCCCUUAUGGUAUGAUAUUAGAGAAGGAAAGAAGGUUUACUACGACUGGGCUGGUGUUAAUCAACCUAUGGAAGAUAUUUGA